UUGGAUAAAUUACAAUAGCAAUCAAGAGUUAAUAUAAUAAAAUACAUUUUCAUUCUUAUCAUUUAGUUACACAAAUUCUAGAACAGCAGCACAACAAACAACUUCAUGGAACAAAUAUUAGAAACUGUUGUUGUAAAUGUAGGUCAGCACUACUGCCGUCCAGUUUGAUGCCAGUGGGACUCUCUCCGUGUUUUUGUGUGUGCAUGUAAGUGGAAACCAGCCCGGUUGGCAGCAUUGUCACGUGGUCUCCCGUAGCAACUGCCCAGUGUCACCGCUUCCACUCCUGCAGAAGUACGGCAGCGACUCCGAUCGGGGAUCAGAUGAGAAUUCGGUGCUCCGUCUCAACUCUGCCGGGUUGCGUUGCCUUCCCGUCGGCCGAGCGCAGGCCGCCGGGGGCCUGCGAGCUGGAAAAUCUGACGGAUCUGAAAGAGACGGAGAGCCAAUGAGCACCAUGAGUCACUUCAACCCGGGGCUUAUUUCAGCCUACAACAGCCUGACAGACAAACACCUCACCGGCUACUUCAGCAGUACUCGCAUCAGGAGACACUUGCAGAGAGCCGGACUGAUCACCAGGAGUGGGCGCAUCGUCCCAGAUAAGGAAUACAAACACAAGCUACUUCAGAGAGCCCACCAAAAACAUGUCCGAGAGUGCCUGGCUCAGGCCAUUUUCCUCAAGGUGAUGGAGAUGGAGCGUCUCCAUCAGAUGGAGAUCAAAAGAAAACUGGAGGAGUUUGCCAGGAGGGAGCGAGUGCACAAGAUGAAGGUGGCACGCACAAAGCGAUUCGAAGACGAUGUCCGAAUGAUGUCGCCGCGCCCGCCCGUGGGUGAGAAGGCUGUCCGAAAACAGCACUCAGGACCUGUGGGCGGUCAUUACGGAUCCUCAGAAUCGCCAUGUUCCUCUCGACCCAACACGGCUCCAGGAAAGAUGCAGCGGCCCGCGCGCUUGAAACCAAUCCACGGCGGCAAUAACAAAUGCGGCUCCCCUCACAGGGUCAACGAGGCUUUCGGUGACAACCACCCGCCGUUCGGCUGCACCACGGACAGAGAGUCCAGGAAGCACGAGUCCAUCCCAUGGGACCCCCCUCCCGGCAUCUCACCUUACCACCUGCCGGUGAUCAACAACUUUGUCACGCCGCUCCCUCCUGCCACCAAGAAGAAAGCCAGGGGGCCUGGCUGCACUCCGGGCGGCACUCCCGGUCUCGGGGCCCGCAGACGAUUGCGCCCCGCCGCGACCAUCGGCGCGGUCGACGCCAAUGAGGAACAGUCCCUCUUGAGGACUUCUGUGCCGCAGAGCAAAGCGCGAGUCACCAUGGUGUAUUUCGGUAAAUCUGUGCACCUCUCCAAUGACGCGGAGGACCUGAGGGAUGAGAUCCAAGUCUUUCAGCAACACUGCGGAGGCGAGAACCUCUGCGUGUAUAAGGGCAAGCUCCGUGAAGGAGAGAUGUUCCAGUUCCUGUCGAGGCGACAUCGAGGUUUCCCCUUUAGCUUGACCUUCUUCCUGAACGGCCUGCAAGCGGAGCGCCUCAGCUCGUGCUGCGAGUUCAAGCACAGGCGAGGCCCCCGACUGGGCGGCAGGCACGGACACUUUGGCUUCAGCACCGUCGAGCGGGCAUCGCCCUGCUACAAGUGCAUCAUCGCAAUGGGGCUGGACAGGAAGCCUGCUCCUCCACCCAAGAAAGUCCAAGAUGCCGGAGGAAGACUCGAGGAGGCCGGGAGCACAUCCCACUCAGGACCCGAGAGCACCUCUCCGCAACAAGACGACAAAAACAGAGAUGAUUAUGACGAGGACUUUGAAGGAGACGACAACGUCGCCGUCGAGGGAUCCAACGAAAAGAAAGCUUCACCUCCGACCGGCGGAACUGACGCGCAGACUAAAGACGAAACUUCAGUGGACUCGGAAGGUGACCACGAAGAAGAAGAUGACACGAGGCCUCGUUCGAGUUCCGUCUCCAGCGAGGAGAGCCACGCGGAGGUUGUCGAAGACUCCACAGAGGACGAGGAGGAAGCAGAAGAAGCCAAGGAAAUCCUUCAAGAGGAAAUCGUGGAGGAGGACGACCACGUGAAUCCGGAAGAAGCCGCGGUUGGCGUGUCGAGCACAAAUGUGGAUGUCUCCGCCGCUAGUGGGAAAGAACAGAGCCGGGAGAAGACAGAGGGCCCCGAGGCAGAAGAUGAGAGCAAGUCGGAGGAGCCGGCGAGGGCCAAAUCUGUGCAGGAAAAGCUUGCCGAAGCCAUCCCGAAGGAGUCUCAGUGCAGCUUUGAGCCAGAGCUGAGCGAGACCAAUACCGAAGAGGAGAAGCUGCCGUCCGCAGACCAAGGCCAGGAGCUAAAAAAAGAUGAAGCAGUUCUGGUGGAAUCUCAAGUCGACGAAGCGUCCGAGCCAAAAGAAGAUGCCGAAGCAGGACGAGAAGAACCCCGUGAGGACUCUGACGACCUUAAAGAUGAGAUGGGAGACCGCGUCGAGGCAACGGAGCAGGAGGCAGUGAAAGAAGCCAAAGAUGGAGGUGAUUCCGAGGAGAAAAUGAAGGAAGGCGACGGGACUUUGGAGUCUCAGGACGAUGCUUCAGCUAUCUCCGUCGAAAAGAAAAUCGCAGAUGCUGACUCAGAGGUGAAGCCAACCGGAGAGACGACAGAGACGCGGGCAGAGGAGACUGCCGGAGGGUCAGAAUUCGAAGCAACGCCAGAGGACUCGAGCCGCUUGCCGGAGGCAACGGUUUCGAAAGGAGACAACGUCAAGGACGAGGGCGGCAGAGUGCAAGAGGACGAAGACGCAUCGGCUGAUAUUCAGGCCGCGAGCGAAGGACGAGACGAUCCCGCGGUCAAAAGUGAGGAACGCGGUCACAAAGAGGAAGAAGAAACAAAGCCGCGUGAGAAACCGGGUGAGGCGAACGAGGAAAGUGAACGGGACAGAAGUCAAACUGAGGAAAGCCCAAAUAUGGAAAACACUCCAGAGGAUCCAAAAGACGAGACACAAACCAACCAAGGCGAAGCGGUGGCAACCCUCGAUCAAGAUGAGCCUGAUGAAUCGGAAAAAACGGAGACAAAAAACGAGACCGCGGAGGCCAAAAAAGCAAACGAAGAAAAGGCCGGCGAAGUUCACGAAACAAACGCUGACGAUGGAGAAAUUGCGAUCGGGAAAGACGAGAAGGAAACCGAAGAAAGUAAAGAUGGGACAGGCGAAGACGAUGUCGUGAUUACUGCUCAAAGGGAAGAAGAUGAAGAAAUUAAAAAAGCCAUCGUGGAGGAAAGUCAAGCUGAAGAAAGUCAAGCUGAAGAAAGUAUCGUGCCCGAAAGUGAAGAAACCAACCAAGCAACUACAGGUAACGAGGAAGAAAGUAAAGUGACGGGAAAAGUUGAGAAUGUAGCCGAAGAAAUUGAAGAUUGGACGACUCAAGAUGACAAAGAGAAAAUUGUUACUUCCGAGGUCCAGGAAGGAGAAGAACUGGACAAAGCAACCGCUGAUAACGAGGAAGAAACUGAAGCAGCAACCGAAGACGAAAACAAAGUUGAAGAAAGAAAAAAUGUGACAGACAACGACGAAGAACAGAAAACAGUUGACGCUCAGAUCGAGGAAGGUGACGAAAUAAGCAAAUCGACCACCGAUGAUAAAAAAGAAAGAGCAGUGACGGAGAAAGACGACGCGGGGAAAGAUGCGACCGACUUGACGGUGCGUUCCUACGACGGCGAAGAAAUCAAAAAGGCAACUCCGGACGACGUGGAGGAAAGUCACGCGAGACACAAAGAUGGGAACGAAGCGGAGCGAAGUCACGAUGUGACGGGUCCAGACGACGACAAAGAGAUCGUUCCUGCUGAGACAGAGACAGGUGGCCAAAUCAACAAAUCAACCGUCGAUAAUACGGAGCAAAGUGAACGAGAAGAUCCGAACAAAGCACAAGAAGGCACAAAUGCAACAGUUAACCCCGAAGGGGAGAAGGUUGUCAACUCCGACACGGAAGAACGACGAGUAUCACCGAAGGACGCUCAGGAAGCGGAGAAAACGUCAGAAGAGCAAAGUGAGGACCAAAAAAUUGUUCCGACGCAGAAUGUUGGUGUCUUUCGAGAAGCAAAUACGACGAGCGCGACGGGAGAGACGACGGCGGACAAAGUUCGGAUCAUCGAAAAAGGUCAACGGAGUCAAGUGGACGCUGAAAACGGGGAAACGUCCACUCAAGAAGAAAGCGGCUCUCCCGAGGACAAACGUGGGGGCAAUUUAUCGGAGCAAAGUGAAAAAGGACGAGAGCCUGACGAAGAGUCCGCGGAACGCAAACUUUUGGACGUCAAGUUGGAAAAAAACGAAAAAGUCCCUAAGGUAGAAGGUGGUUCCGAGAUAGAGCGUAACAAAAACGACUCCGAAACCGGAGCGCCGAGAGUUGACGCAAUCCGGGAGCUCGUCUCCGAUGAUUCAAAAAGAAACAUACAAGACGUCGAGGUCGAGAAAGAAACUCCGAAAAACAAGGCCGGUCCGUCAUCCGUAGUCGGUGCGGCGCUUGAAACAUUCCCCAAAGAGAAACAGUCUUCCAAAUGUCCGAGCCAAAAUGAGUUGAAGCUGCCGGGGGCUGAGGCUGGGACAGAGGAGGCCGGCAAAGCCUCGGAGGAAAGCGCAAGCGCCAUUUUCCAAACCCGAAAACAGUCAAAUAGUCAAUCGGUCAACCAGCUCCCGCAUGGGGAACGUCCAGAGGCGCUGGCAAGAGCAAGUAGCGCAGAGCUCGUCACCAACUGGUUAACCACACAUCAAGCGUCCAAGUUCUUUGAAACUUUUGUUGAACCUCUGGAAGACCUCAGGGAGUCCGACGUGGGUGGCGCCGAGGAGACCAGACAAUCCUCCGAGCUUCUGAAAAUUGUUGAGACGUCCCCUGAGGAGGUUGCAGCCAUGGCAGCGGAAGUGGGUCACACCAAAGGUGAAGCUCAGUCGUACCCCGAGCGAAAUCCCACGAAAGACGACCGGGAGGUGUCCGAUGACGACGUGGAGGAUGACGUGAAACCGCUCCGACUAAACACCGAGAAUGAAACGAAGCUCAUAGCCAAAGACGAGCGUAAAGGAUCACUUGCGGAAGACAAGGCUGAAUCAACAGACGGCUGGAGAGCGGCGAGCACGCCAGGAAUCAAAAAUGAGACUGCGGAGCAAAUCGUUGAAAAUGUGGCCCGCUUGGAUGUCGAGCCCACGGCAACCCAAGGCGUGAACGGCUCGCCGGAAAACGAAACGCAUCCUGCGCUCGAGAAAGUCGAAGAGCCGACAUCUCCGGAUGGAAAGAUGCACAAAGAAGAGCUAACCGGGCUUGGCCAUUUCCAAACGUCCAGUUCAGACAUCGGAAGUCACGUGGAUGUCGAGGACAAAGCGUCCGUCAACCGGAGAACGCGGCUGACGGACGAUAUUGUCAGUCAAGACCGCUUGAGCGUGUGGUCAUUGAACAAAAUGCCUUUGGGUCCAAGUUCUUAUCCUUUAUUGGCAUCUUCCAGAACCGAGAGUGGACAUUAGCCAGCAUGUUGGUCUGCAGUUUUCGACUGGAAACAUUUCCCGCCAGGGGUGUUAUUUAAUCAAGUGGCUACUUUGUGCGCGCUUGCAGACAUUGACUGAUUCACAUAUGGCCAUGAUCCUUAUCGCAAAGGUCGUCUUUUUUUUUUUUUUUUAAAGGCGAUGAUUGCCAAGUGGUUCUUAGGAAUCACUGCGUAUAUUAUCAGUGGUUCUCAAAACCUCGGGGGAAAUAUUUUGGUAAAUGUUCAACAAAUAAAUGAUUCCCAUGGCAUUUCAGGGUGCACUUUAUUAGAAGUGUGGUGCUCAAGACCACAAUAUCUGGCACCACAUGACUUGCUCGAGACCAGAACUCACCGAAACCACGGCCUGACAAAGUCUUUUUGAAAGUAGAAACCGAAUCGAGACCAACACUGAGAAAAUUAAGACAAAACCAAGACAAUAGUAACAUCGACAAGAACAAAAAAAAAACAUAACAAGGUUGAAAAAUUAACGAGCAUUCUCGCUUGAAUUUUCUUUACAAUGUUUGAGUGCUUCUAGUCAUGGUCACGGCAAUGAAGUUGAAGAAAAGCAGAUCUCUUCUCAAACAGGCUUGGUUCAUUAUCGAGUGAAAUGGUCUCUUACCUGCAAGCGGAUCCUCCUGCUCACGUACAACCCUCACAAAAUGAAUAAUUGACAGCGACCGGUCUCCCAGGACUUCGCUGCUUGGGUGACGUUCCCCCAAUGAAACACGAAGUUCGUUCGCGUUCUUCUGUAGAGUAUGGCUUGAUGAGCAGCGCUCAUGUUACGUCAUUGUUUCUUCUCAUUAAAAUGAUGAAAACGGUUUCAACACUAGCCUCUAUUUACUCCUACAUGGAUUAUUUAUUUGCCUUACUCACCUCCAGUGCGGCUUUGCGUGGCUUCGUUCCUCUUGUCAGUGUUUUGGCCAUUGACGAAUUAAAAAGUGUGACAAAUAAAGUUGCUUGUGUUCAUUUCGUAUGCCCUCCCACACCCUCUAAACACAUUGAAAGCUUUUAAAAAAAAACAUUUAAGCUUGUUAAAACACACAUUUUAUUGCAUAACGGCUCUCGCUGUCAAAAAAAAAAAAAAAGAUAAAACUACAUAAUACAGUAUAUCAAGCUAUAAAACGAUCUGUCUCUUCUUCUGUGCAGUUAAAACCGCACCUUUUCCAAUAGAGCUCAGUGCUGCCCAGAAUGUUGUGGCAUAACAUGGUACUACACUAAAAGUGCACAACUAAAUCCCAUUUAAAAAUUCGCUUACAAUUCGACAAAUAAAUAUAAUAAAUGUACCCAUCACAGAUUUUACUGAUUAUGAUUUAAAAAAAGAGCAACAUGAUAAACAGUUAAAAGGUAAGGCUCA